AUGUCUGCAGGCUUUGUCACUUGCCCAAUCCUGAUGAGCGAACGUAUUUCCAACAACCUUCGGGACGAGAUGAGGCGUUUCGAAGACAAGUUCGACGCCAAGGGUUUGGCGAACAUCAUGGUGACGCUUCGGAUGGAGCUGCCUCCAUCAUCCAAAAAGGUGCCCAUCGUUCACGGGUGGCUGGUGGUUGACCAAUCCACUAUGUCCGAGAACAUUUUCAUGUCAAGCCAGUUGGUGCUUGACAGGUCUCCCCGCAAGAUGAUCCCCUUUGCCCCGGAGACGUCUUAUAUUGUCCCAUCAGCCGAGCGUGAUGCUCUCCCGCAUGCUUCGGAAGGAAACAGGUCGCUUUCGCAAACGCAAGAAAGCUCGCAAUACCUAUCAGGAGAGCACUUCCCCGAGGCGAUAUUGUCAGGGUUGCUGACCAGAGCUGCGCUUCCAUCCAAGACCCUUGCAGUCCUCAACUGCACUCCCUAUGACUGCUGGUUGGAACGUACUUGCCUGAAGUAA